AUGGCCAUUUUGCAAUAUUCCGAGCAGCUCGCCAACAUGACACAACAACCCAAGCGCGCCAAGUCCGACAACGAAGCCACCCCUGUCGCCAUUGUCACUGGCGGGUCCAAGGGCAUCGGCGAAGCGUGCGUCGAAAAGCUUCUCUCCCAGGGCUACGACGUGUACAACCUAGACAUUGUCCCGUCCAAGGUCGGCAACUUUGUCGAAGUGGAUGUGGGCCGAGUCGCGGAUGUGGAAGCUGCGAUCGCGUCCAUCGCUACUCAAACUGGUCGCAUUGACGUGUUGGUGGCCAACGCUGGCGUGUACCUCAGCGCCAACAUUGAAGACACGACAGAAGAAGCGUUGGACCGCAUCAUCUCGAUCAACAUCAAGGGCGCGUACGCUGCCGUUCGAGCGGUGCUUCCCAGCAUGAAAGAACAAAAGAAGGGCAGCAUCAUCUUGAUGUCGUCGGACCAAGCAUUUGUGGGCAAGAAGACGUCGUUCGCGUACAACUUGUCCAAGUGCGCGUUGGCGUCCAUGACCCGCACCACCGCGUUGGACUACGCGAGCUUCAACAUCCGCGCGAACGCCGUGUGUCCUGGCACGAUCGAUACGCCUUUGUAUCGCCGUGAAAUCAACUUGUGGGCAGAAACCUCUGGCACGCCCGUGGAGGCCAUCCAUCAGAGCAUGGGAUCGCUCCAACCGCUCAACCGCGUGGGGCUGCCGGUGGAAGUGGCCAACUUGGUCGCAUUUCUCGCCAGCGACGAAGCAUCGUUCAUCACGGGCAGCUUGCACUCGGUCGAUGGCGGAUUCGUCGCUCAAUAAAGUUAACCAUAGUACAUGGCCAAUCUUACAA